GCGGGAAGAAGGGCGUGGUCAGCGCGGCCGAAGGGCGUGGUUGGCGCUCAGUCCUGCCCUGCGCGUUUUGGGCUGCGGUUGGAGGGCCGCAGCUGCAGUCAGGGUCCGCCAGCUCGGGGCCACCGCAUGGGGCUUCUGAGACCGCUCCGGACGUGCGAAGCGUUCGCGGUGCGGAAGCUGAAGUCUUCAGCAGAACCCUGACCUAGGCAGGGAGUCUCAAUGGCCCUGGGUGAAGAAAAGGCAGAAGCGGAAGCAUCUGAAGACACAAAGGCCCAGUCCUAUGGGAGAGGGAGCUGCGGGGAGCGGGAGCUGGACACCCCAGGGCCCAUGAGUGGGGAGCAGCCCCCACGCCUGGAAGCUGAGGGAGGGCUCAUCUCCCCUAUAUGGGGGGCAGAAGGGAUACCUGCCCCUACUUGCUGGAUCGGGACUGACCCUGGCGGCCCCUCUAGAGCCCACCAGCCACAGGCCAGUGACGCCAGCAGAGAGCCCGUAGCUGAGAGGUCUGAGCCUGCACUCAGUGGCCUGCCUCCUGCCACCAUGGGGUCUGGAGACCUUCUGCUCUCCAGGGAAAGCCAGGUGGAGAAGACCAAGCUUUCUGCCUCCGAGGAGCUCCCUCAGACUCCGAGCCUUCCCAGAACAACAACUAUUUGCUCAGGACAUGAUGCUGAUACCGAAGAUGAUCCAUCCCUAGCGGAUUUGCCCCAGGCGCCCAGCUCAGGUCUCUCUUGCCUGUCACAGUGGAAGUCCAUGCCGAGCCCAGGUUCCGCAGCUCCUCAGCCUUCCAGCUGCAGCAUCUCUGCUUCCUCCACAGGCAGCAGUCUCCAGGGUCACCAAGAGAGGACGGAGCCUCGUGGUGGUUCUCUGGCCAAGGUCUCCUCCUCCCUGGAGCUGGUCGUCCCCCAGGAACCCUCCUCUGUGGUGGGGCUAGGACCUCGGCCCCAGUGGUCACCACAGCCUGUGUUCUCUGGGGGUGAUGCUUCUGGACUAGGCAGGAGACGCCUCUCCUUCCAGGCUGAGUACUGGGCCUGUGUGCUGCCAGAUUCCCUGCCUCCAUCACCCGACCGCCACUCCCCUCUCUGGAACCCAAAUAAAGAGUAUGAAGAUCUGCUUGACUAUACUUACCCACUGAGGCCCGGGCCUCAGCUCCCAAAGCACCUUGAUAGCCGUGUGCCGGCUGACCCUGUCCUUCAGGACUCUGGGGUAGACUUGGAUAGCUUCUCUGUCUCUCCAGCAAGCACCCUCAAAUCACCUACUAAUGUCUUCCCCAACUGCCCACCAGCAGAGGCCACUGCCCUGCCAUUUUCUGGGCCCAGAGAGCCAAGCCUUAAGCAGUGGCCCUCUGGAGUACCCCAGAAACAGGGUGGCAUGGGCUUGGCAUCUUGGAGCCAACUUACAUCUACCCCCAGAGCCCCAGGCAGUAGGGAUGCUCGUUGGGAGUGCAGAGAGCCAGCCCUGAGGGGCGCGAAGGACUGGCUGCCUAUAGGCAAGCCCCUUGAUAUGGGCUCUCCCCAGCUAAGGACACGGGACAGAGGGUGGCCCUCGCCCAGGCCAGAGAGGGAGAAGAGGACCAGCCAGAGCGCCCGGCGCCCUACCUGCACAGAGUCUAGGUGGAAAUCAGAAGAGGAAGUGGAAAGUGACGACGAAUAUCUUGCCCUGCCCGCUCGGCUGACGCAGGUUUCUAGCCUGGUUUCGUAUAUAGGAUCCAUUUCUACCUUGGUUACCCUGCCCACUGGGGAUAUCAAAGGGCAGAGCCCCCUGGAAGUGUCAGACACGGAUGGGCCAGCUUCCCUCCCUUCAAGCUCCAGCCAAAGCCAGCUUCCCCCUGGAGCUGCCCUCCGAGGAUCUGGGGAUCCCGAGGGCCAGAACCCCUGUUUCCUGCGCUCCUUCGUCCGUGCCCAGGAUUCCGCAGGGGAAGGCAGUCUGGGGAGCAGCCAGGCCCUCGGGGUCUCCUCUGGACUGCUGAAAACACGCCCCUCCUUGCCAGCUAGGUUGGACCGGUGGCCAUUCUCAGACCCAGAUGCUGAAGGGCAGCUUCCCAGGAAAGGAGGAGAACAGGGAAAAGAAUCACUGGUGCAAUGUGUGAAGACAUUUUGCUGUCAGCUGGAAGAGCUGAUCUGCUGGCUGUAUAAUGUUGCAGAUGUUACUGACCACGGGACUGCAGCCAGGUCCAAUCUUACAAGUCUCAAGUCUUCUCUGCAGCUUUACCGGCAAUUUAAGAAAGAUAUAGAUGAACAUCAGUCUCUGACGGAGAGUGUCUUACAGAAGGGGGAGAUUCUUCUUCAGUGCCUGUUGGAGAACACCCCAGUUUUAGAGGAUGUCCUUGGGAGGAUUGCGAAGCAGUCUGGUGAGCUGGAGAGCCACGCAGAUCGCCUGUAUGACUCUAUCUUGGCCUCUCUGGACAUGCUGGCUGGCUGCACCCUUAUCCCUGACAAAAAGCCCAUGGCGGCAAUGGAGCGCCCACGUGAAGGGGUUUAACCUGGCAUCUUCUCAGGCAGAGAUGCAACCCGUCGGCCAAACACUGGCUGGUGAAAAAAAAAAACCUUCAAGAAGUCCUUGCAAGAGCCAUUCAGCACUGAAGUCAAAGGGGAAACCUUCAAUAUACUAGCUUUAAAAUGCCUUUCUCCUCCCUGAAUGGAGGGCUGAGUUACUAUUUUUAUUUACAAUGAAUCUUUCCAAACUAAGGUUUUCCUUUUGGUGCUUCUCCACAAAGAGCGUGUAGCUUUGCAAUUUUUGAUAAAAUAAGACGUGUUGCCUUCCCCUCUAUCCCAUUAAAAAAGAGCAGAUAAAGCUCAAACGAU